AUGGCAGACUCCAAUUCGUCGCGGUUCACGGUAAUCAUUGCCGGCGGCAGUCUGGUCGGUUUGACGACGGCGGUGACGCUGGAAAAGGCUGGGAUCGACUAUGUCCUGCUGGAGAAGCGAGAGAUCGCUCCUCAUCUGGGCGCCUCUGUCUCCAUUCAUCCGCAUACCCAGCGGGUUAUGGAACAGCUUGGAAUUUGGCCCGAGAUCCAGGCUGGCGUUGUGCCGUUAGAAACUCGACAACACUAUGAUGAGAAUGGUAACAUGUUUGAAGACUCCGCCAUCCUACAAGAGAUUUCCAAGAUCGAAGGUGACAACCCGACUGAUUACCAUGCCGUUCCUGACAGGACCCUCCAUCGAUGGACUACUUUCAUGGAGCGAAGGUUUAUGCUUAGCUGCAUCUAUAACCAGAUUGCAGACAAGUCUCGAGUUCGAGCUCACACUGGUGUGGCUUCCUUCACUGAGACAGAAGAUGGCGUUGAGGUAGUUACGGAUAAAGGUGAAACCAUCAAGGGAGACAUCCUCCUCGGUGCCGAUGGCAUCCACAGCACAAUUCGAAACUUGAUGGCUGAUAAGAUUGCUUCUACUGAUCCCGUUGCAUCAAAAGAAAUGCAGAGUGGCUUCAUAAGCAACUACCAUUGCAUCUUUGCAACCUCCAAGAACUCCAAGGAGUCAGCUGGCGGCAAGCCAUUCUUGCCGGAGGGAGCCGUCCACAAUGUUUACUAUCCGGGCUUCUCCGGCGUCAUUGCUGCCGGUGUCCCAGGCCUUGCCUUUUGGUUUCUUUUUGUGAAGAGUGACCGUACAACACAGACUCCCAAUACACCGCGCUUCACAGAAGAAGAGACCGAGGCCACGAUCGCCAAAUACGGAGACUAUGCCGUGGGCCCUGGCUACACAUUCAAAGACCUGUGGGAAAACAGAGUCAGAGCGAACAUGCUGCCCCUUGAAGAGGGAGUUUUGAAGCCGAAGUGGAAUUCCGGUGGUAGAGUUGCGUUGAUGGGCGACGCGGUUCACAAAGCGACCAUCAAUCCUGGACUGGGAGGCAACUUGGCCAUCGAGGGUGUUGUCCAUCUAAUGAACGAAUUGGUACCCUUGGCGCGCCGAUGCGAGGCAGAUGGUGGGAGAAAGCCAACAAAGGGCGAGAUCACUGCUGUUUUGGAUGCUUAUGAGGCGAAGCAACGACCCCAUGCCAACACCAUUGUCACCAUGUCUGGGUACGUCACACGGUAUGAAGCAAUGGAGACAUGGUGGUUGAGGUUCUUGCGCCGUGUGUCUCCCUGGGUUAGCGAUAAGACCAAGGCUGGUGGAUUUGUUGGAUAUAUAAAUGAAGGGCCAUGGCUGAACUUUUUGCCCAACCCGGAUGAGGAGAAGAAGUUGGAUGAGAAGCCGUAG